UGGAUGAUGACCUGAUGCUGCCAGCAUUCGUGGAUCUGGAUCACCUACAUUCCUACUUCCUCACCAACGACGGCAUCCAGCAGGCCAAAGCGGUGAUGACCAUCUUGUGUAACUACCACCCGGACAUCAUCUACUGCCCACUGCUCUACCCCAUGUCCUGCUUGUUCCUGCACUACAUGGAGCCCGAAGCCUGCUUCAACUGCCUCCAGGCCAUGCUUAGCAGUACCAGGCCCUACUACUUUACCCAGACCAAGGUCAAAACCGAAGCUUCUAAAUUUGUUCUCCGAGAUCUGGCCAAAAAAUAUGCGAAACAAGCGUACGUCCUGAUGGUCAGAAGCUCCAAGACUGUGGAGUCUGUCUUUGUUACGUGGUUGUGGUGGAUUUUCCGGGAUCUUCCCUUUCAGUACCUGGUUCGGAUCAUAGACAGUUUUCUCCUGGAGGGUUACAAAGUUCUUUACAGAGUUGCCCUGGCAAUCAUGAUUCUGUUUGCCAAAGAAUCCAAUCGACACGGAAGUCGGAACUCUCCGGUUCACAAUAUUAGUGCUGCCAUCUCCAGGUUCUGCAAAAAUAUGUCUGUGGACCCGAAACGUUUGAUUAAGGUUGCCUUUGGAAUACGAGGCUUCAACCGAAAAGAGAUUGAAAAACUGCAGGAGAAAAAUGAGGCAUACCUUAAGAGUCUUCCGGCGAGGGACAUUGUUCCUAGGGUGGUCUCCUCCCCCAGUAUGGGCAAUAUUUCCAUCGCAAGGUCCUUCAACGGACCACGACUGAGGCAACAUGUGGCUUCGGCAAUUCUCACCCCUGAAAUGCUUCAGACCAUCUGGCAGUGGAUACCUGUGAGGUUUAGCCUAAUGAGACCCAAGAUGUUGUUUUCCUCCGACGAACACGGCACAGCCAUCCGCACACUCUACAACAGGACCGAGCAUGCAGCCCAGACUAUCCUGGCCAUAAAGACAACCAGGAAUGAGAUAAUUGGGGCAUUUUGCUCCACUUCCUGGGACACUCGCCACGAAAAGAACAAACCACACACCUCGUUCUUCGGCACCGGUGAGACAUUUGUGUUCACACUGUACCCAGAGACACACAAGUACCCCUGGACCGGGCUGCUGGGCUACCCCCCGGAGCACACGGCCGACCUGUUUAUGGCUGGGGACGAGCAUAUGUUGGUCAUUGGUAGCGGGAACGGAGAGGCCAUCUACCUGGACACCAUGAUGAACAGGUGCAGCACCACACACUGCAACACCUUCGACAAUGAGCCCCUGUGUUCAGAAACAGAUUUUAGCUGCCAAGUAGUGGAAGUCUUUGGCUUCGUGGAAUGA